AUAUGUGAUUCCUGCAUUCUUUAUCUUUCACUUUUACUACUGAUCCAUGUGAAUGCUCGUCUAAAGCUAUGGCUGAUGUUUUUGUCCUCUCUAUUAGAGGUGGACAACAUCGCCUGGGAAUGUUGAUUCAAAAGUACUGCUAGUUGCAGAUUAUCGAUAGUUUGUAAGAUGAAUACGGGAAAUUUUGAUGAAAAUGGAUUAUAAGGUUUGUUUGGGCUGGAACUCCUUUAUAGAUUCUACAUUUAUUCUUAGUCUGACAUCUCUGGGUUAAAAUUGGAAAUUCUGCUUAAUUAUUUGAUAUGAAAUAUGCUUCUCGCCUCUAUUGUUUCCCUGUAUCUAACUUGCCGGUUCCUGUACAAGCUUUUCUGGUUUUAUAUGAGUGUUUUGAAGCAUUGGUUAACCUUUUGUCUGUCUUUGUGUAAUCCAAGGGCAACCUCAGCUAUAACUUCGAUAUACUUUAUGUUAUCUAAGUGAAUAUCUGCACUUUAAAUACAAAGAAAAGUUAGAUCGGUAUUUCUGCAAUUUAGGAAUCCCAGCAACCAUAUAGCAACCAUGUGGUGCUGCGAUGUUGGACUUCAGUAACAAAGUGUAUAGCCUUUUAUAAGAUUCUGCCUGUCCAUGUUAGCUUCCAAAGUGUCUUGUGGUGUUAAUUUUUUCGCUUUACGUCUCUUGUUCUUGUGUGGUAUCAGGAGAUGGAUAAUAUCAGCCAAAGAAACGAAUCUGGAUGGACGGUUGUUGGCGGAACUUGAGGUCUCGGCUAAUUUGUUUGGAAGUAUGGAUACGUGAAGGGUUGUCGUAACCUUAUCUGGAGUUUGGGGCUCCUCGUUGUUUCGUAAUGCGGAUGCUGCUGGUGUUACAGUUGUGAUCUGUGACCGAACGAUUUAGAGAUUGUCUCCUGCAAACUGUGCAAUCAACAAAUUCCCGGAUCUGUUCUUUGGUCCAUGUUAUAUGGAAGGGCACCCUGUGUUACGACUUACGAGGUCUAACGUGGCGUCGUUCAUGCAGCUUCUACGUGAUCUUGUUGCCGUCCAUCGAAUCAGCGGCAAAGAUAUAGAUGAGCUUGAAGUACUCAGCUCCAAGACGUAAUAAACUGACAUGGAUCACACCGGCUGAGCAUUUUCGAACCCCAGCUUAUCACCUUCCUGCUCCGACAUGCAAGAGGCGACAAAUGAAGACAAGAAGAAACGGGGAGGUAGAAAGAGGGGCCGAACCGGAUCUUCGUCGGGCUCAGACAGCAGAAUUCUCUCUGUUUUCGAACUGAGACAGCAAUUCUCGUGGAAUCCGGAGGUAAUGGAGAGAUUGCCGGGGGAGCUGUGCGUCAAGAUCUUCCACCUCUUCGAUCACCAAACUCUAGCAACAGCUCUCCAAGUUUGCAGAAAGUGGAGGAAAUUAGGCUCUGACAAUGCCCUGUGGAGCAGCCUAUUCAAGGAACGAUGGGGAGAAGACAGUGCUUCAUUCUACGCGCCACAAGAUUCCAAAACUUGGAAAGAUGUCUACAUAGCGCAAGAUCGAUGCGAUAGAUAUGGAUUGGGUUUGAAGAUUAUCAGAGAAGGAGUUGACUACUAUCUCAUUCAUCAAGGUGAGAUCCAACGAUACCUAGGCUCUUGUAGGCAUAAAACUAGCUGGGACAGCGGACCGCUGCUCCAAGAUAAGCUAGAGCAGCAGCGCUUGGAGAUUUCCGAUAAGAUGCUAUUCUUUAUUGGGGAUCUGGAAGCUGCUUGUGCUGAUGCCAGGCAUGUUAGAAUGUGAAGUUGCCAAUUGUGAAACAUAGAGCUCUGUGUAUCAUUAUUGUGCAGCUAUUGUUUAUCUACAAGUAUGAUUGGUUUCAUCAGUUAAUAUUCCAGUAUCUGCAUUCGAAUUUGAUGCUUCUGUGGA